UGCGUUCUUCUCAGGUACUCCGACGCCAAUGCGCACAAGAGGAUCUCUCUCCAGCGCCGCUGGACGAGCAGGGCCACCAGGAUCGUCACCGUCAUGGCGCCAGCGCCGCCGGGGGUGCUGAUGCCCCGGCCGCGAUUCAACCAGUACCUUGACGGGAUCGUGAGGCGCGAGGCCAAACUCCGAUUUGCCGAUCGGAUGAAGAACACGCUGCUGUCGCAGCCAGAUUGGACCGCGCUGGCGAUGGAUAUCCAGAAGAACCGCGGCGAUUACCUGGGGAAGCUCAGGGUCACGCACUUCGUGAGGAAUUUCCCCUACGUUUUUGAGUUCGCGCACGGCGAGGAUCGAUCGAAGUGGCUCCGCUUCACGGGCGCUGCCAAGAAGCUGAUGAAGGCGCAUCAAUCGUUCAAGGAGAGGAAGCAGAGGUCCGAGGCGGUGGAAUCCGUGACAAAGCUGCUCAUGCUGGCGAAGAACAGGAGGAUUCCAGUGCUGGAGCUGGCGAAGAUGGCGAAGUACUUUGGAUUUCCAGCCGACUACGAGACCAAGAUCUUCUACAGCAAUCCAACGUACUUCCGCCCCGUGGAGACGAAGAGAGCUCGCUGCCUGGAGCUCUCGCAGUGGUAUCCAGAGCUCGCGGUCACUGCUCGAGAGAGGUGGAUCGCCGAGGCUGGGAUAAAAAAUCCUUACGAGUUUCCAGUACCAGUGGAAGUUGACGGUGGCAAAGUCGAUCGAGAGGAGAUCAAGGCCUACUUCGAUGCUCUCCAGGAAGCGCCGUUUCCAUCACCUUACGACGACGCUGUAGACGUGGUGCCCGGCUCGGCCAGCGAGAGGAAGCGGACGCUGGCAACUUAUCACGAGAUUCUCAGCCUGACCAUCGAGAAGCGGAUUUUGCUCCACACUUUCCAUGGUUUGGGAGAGUACUUGGGGCUGCCCGAGGGUCAUCUCGAGUACUUUCGCAGCAACGAGCCUAUCUUCUACGUCUCUCACGCCGGCUCGCGUCCGUGGGUGUUUCUCCGGGAGAGUUACGACACGGGGCCGAGGGAGAGACACCCGCUGCUGGUUUUCAAGGAGCGUUUCUUCGCGAUGUGCAUGUGUGUCAAGGAAGAGAAGUUCAACCAGAUCCAUCAGAGGAAGGGAGCUGCGGAAUACGACACGGACGAUUCGGACAUAGAACUGUUGGGUGAUGAAGACAACGGGCCACGCCGGCCGGUUCCUCUUGACGACUUCGACGUUGAUGGCUGGUGCAUGGCUUGAUGCAAUCGAAACGGCGAAUGCGAUACUUUGUCUUCUUAGAAUCGGGAAUUUCGAGUACGAAGCUUCAACCGCCACUAUCCAACUGACGUUGGCGCACAAUGAAAUCAUAUACACUCCGAUCGGGGAUUGUUUCUGCACCUUCGGCCGCCAGAGAUUCUAGUCGAUAAUGGCCGAGAAGGAAUCUGCUGUACCACAACAAAGGUUUGACUAUCGUUUGAGUUUUUCUUCCUAUUUGCUGCUUUUGACUAAAUCAGAGGAUGUUGUGGCAUGGAGAUGCCACCACUUCCAAAUUUGAGGUAA